AUGUCUCUUACGUAUGGAACGGGCGGUGCGACUGCCGCCCUCGGUGUGGUUGGCUUGUACAUGCUCUUCAACAACGAAGGAGAGGCCUUCAACGUCGGAGCUUUCCUCGAAAGCAUAUCGCCAUACACAUUUGCUAGUGUUGGAAUUGCGCUAUGCAUUGGUCUCUCUGUCGUGGGCUCGGCAUGGGGCAUCUGGACAACCGGUGUGUCCAUCGUUGGUGGAGGUGUCAAGGCGCCUCGGAUACGAACCAAGAACUUGAUCUCCAUCAUCUUCUGCGAAGUCGUCGCCAUUUACGGUGUCAUCAUGGCCAUCAUCUUUUCCUCCAAGAUGAACCAGCUCUCGGACCCUGAGCUACUGUACUCCGGCUCCAACUACUUCACCGGAUACGCGCUGUUUUGGGCUGGAAUAACUGUGGGCAUGUGCAACCUGAUCUGCGGUGUAUGCGUAGGCAUCAACGGAAGUAGCGCUGCGCUGGCCGACGCUGCGGACCCUGCAAUGUUCGUCAAGAUUCUCACCAUCGAGAUUUUCGCUGCCAUUCUCGGACUGUUUGGUCUCAUCAUCGGACUGCUCAUGCAGAGCAAUGCCAAGGACUUCCAGUGA